AAUCGCCAGUGCCAACGAGUGUUGGUGGAGAACGCCAAGUAUAUUUAAAAUAUAUUCUUAGUAAUUUAUUUAAAUGGAAUACAAAACAUACUUGCAAAUUGUAUGAAACAGUGAUACUUACAAUAUAAACAAAUCGGUGACAUAAUAUGAAUCGAAGUAAAAUAAGUAAGCAGUGCUAAGAAAGUGGAGAUUUAAAUUAUUCAUUUCAGUAGCGAGUGAAUCGUUUGGGGAGUGUGAUCGAUUGUAUAGUGAUAUUCCGAAAUAAGUUGAGGAAGCCCGGGAAAUUUAUUAAUACGCCAAUAUAUUUCAAAAACACCGAUGAAGAUUGAGUGGGCACCGGUGCAUGUGCCGCCAAGGCGUCGGCUACAAACCCUUGCUGCUGGUCUAUAUGUCGUAAUAUUUAUGGCCUUACCAUUUUUAUCACUUACGAUUACUUCGUUAUUGCUGUAUUAUGGUAAUAUUCUCUGGAGGCUUUUGAUUCUUGCAUAUCUGACUUUCAUUUAUUUUGAUCACACGAGAAAUUUCAGCGACAUUCAUGGCAAUGGCUUUAAAAUUUUCCGGAAUAAUUGCAUAUGGCGCCACUUUCGAGAUUACUUUCCCAUUGAGCUGAUAAAAACCGUUGAUUUGAGUCCCGACCGUAAUUACAUUUUGGCUAGUUUUCCACACGGAAUUAUCGGUACGGGCAUUUCAUGCAAUAUGAGCAGUGAUAUUCGAAAAUGGCUAGAGCUGUUUCCUGGUAUACGGCCCAAGAUUGGCACUCUGGAUAUGCAUUUCUAUACGCCCAUUUUGCGUGAAUUGCUUCGUUAUUGGGGUCUGGUAUCAGUGUCCAAGGAUUCUUUAAUGUAUUAUCUAACAAAAUCAAAUCAUCCGAAACAUGUUGAUAAUCUUGAUGGUUUCACGUCGAAUGCUGUAGCCAUUUUGAUUGGUGGUGCUCAAGAGGCGUUGGAUUCGCAUCCGGGCCGUUAUAUCAUUACAUUGAAAAGGCGCAAAGGUUUCGUUAAAUUGGCUAUACGCACUGGUUCUCCCAUUGUACCGACAUUUUCGUUUGGCGAAGUGGAAAUUUUCGAUCAAGUCAAUAAUCCGCCCAAUUCAUGGCUGCGACGCUUCCAAACAUUAACAAAAAGAUUAACAGGCAUAUCGCCUUUGAUUGUAUUGGGACGUGGCUUCUUUCAAUAUACAUUUGGAUUUCUGCCCCGACGCAAGCAUAUCGUGCAAGUUGUUGGCACACCAAUUGAGGUGGAGAAGAACGAUUUGCCUGAUCCUGAAUAUGUAGAUAAAAUUCACCAGCAAGUUAUUGAGCAGCUGACAGAAAUGUUUGAUAAAUACAAGGUGAAAUAUAUAGAAAAUGGCAAGAAAGUUAAUUUAGUUAUAACUUAAGUGAAUAGUUCAUAUUUGUUACUUAGAUUUUUAAUUAAGUAUGCUAUCUAUUUAUGUAUUGUGUUGUAUGUGGAAAAAGUUAUUGUGAAUAUAAAAGUAU